AUGUGGGAACCAUUUUUUCUAAUCUGUCUCACACUAACGACAUCAACGCAAUCAUAUAAAAUUGGGGCGAUUUUUCGAGAAAAAGAAGAUGCUCACAUUGAAGCAUCACUUUGGUAUACGGUGGAAUGGCUCACACAGAGAGGAUUAUACGGCGAAAUCGAUCUCGUCAUUGAAUAUAUUGAUGUUCUCGAUCAUUAUGCUGCGAUAAAGAAAGCUUGCAAACUUUUUGAACGAGAUCACGUGAUUGCCAUUGUUGGUGGGUCGUCUGCAGCAUUGAAUUCUCAAAUUGAAAGGAUUACUGAUGAGCUUGAAAUUCCUCUUUUAACUGUAAUCGAUGACAUGAAAACCGAUAUCGGACGCUCGAAAAUCGACUUUUUCCCACGUGCUCAGCUGUUUGAAGCUGUUGUUGAUUUGUUCGCCCAUUGGAAAUGGAAUCGGAUAGUGUUGGUGUACGCAGAAGACGAAAGAAUUCGGCGACUUGAACAACUACUGGAAAGCGAAAUGUACUCGAAUAUUCGGUUUUAUUUGAUAAAAGUCCGAGACGGAAACUAUAUGCAAGCAGCUCGAGAAGUCAAAGAACUUGAGCAAUGCCGUCUUCUUCACCGAAAGGAUUGCUCCGAAUUCAGCAGAUUGCUCAUCGACAUGAAUCCGGAGCACACCAACAAAUUCCUUCUGUCUGCACUUCAAAUGGGAUUAAUCGAACUGAAACAUUGGUUCCUUCUGACCAAUAUGGAACUGAGCACAAUGGAUAUGGAGCUUUUCCGUUAUAAUCAUGCACGAUUUAUAUCACCCUACCCAGUGGAUCCGACAUUUUUGACUGAAAAUCGAGACGCUUUCAAUUUCACACAUUUCAAGGAGCAUGUAGCUGAAAAAUGGGAUUUGAAAACAAAUAAAAGCAAAAAUUUGAGAAUGAUGGAAGCGAUUUUCACAUUUGAUGCCGUCUAUACAUUUGCGAACACAUUCAAAGAUCUAUCGAGUUAUAUGCAGAUGAAUGAUACACCUCAAACUUUUUGCCGGAAACCAACAAGAACAGCAAGACGAUAUCAGCACGGAGCAACAUUAAUAUCCAACAUAAUUAAUAACAACCUUCAUGGAAUCUCAGGAGAUCUUCGUCGACUCAAUCCAAAUCCAUUGAAAAGUAAUUUUUCAAUGAAAAUCCAUCUUCUAGGAUACAGUGGAAAGCUAGACGAAAUUGGCUUCUGGGAGCCUGCAACGAAUGUUCACGUCAACAUGUCCGGCGAUUCAAAAGCGCAAUUGCAGCGGAAUGUCCAAGUGUCAGACGAAUUGAAGCCGCAUUUCCGAGUGACCACAAUUCUGGAGCGGCCAUACGUGAUGCUCAAAAAGAAUCAUUACGAACUCGAUGCCAACUCGAAAUUCGAAGGGUUUUGCAUCGAUUUGCUCGCUGAGCUUUCGAAAGAUCUUGGCUUCACAUACACUAUUCACGCAGUCAAAGACGGAAAAUAUGGAAAUGACAAAUACGGAAAUGGAUCUUGGGAUGGAAUGAUUGGAGAAAUAUUGAGAGGAGAAGCAGAAAUGGCUGUUGCGCCUCUUACCGUCAACUUCAAAAGAACGGAAGCGGUUGAUUUCACGAAGCCGUUCUUAUCACUCGGAAUCAGUAUUCUGUAUAAGGUUCCCGAUGACCAACAACCUGAUUUAUUUUCAUUUCUUAAUCCAUUAUCAUGGCAAAUUUGGACAGCAAUUUCCACAUCUAUCAUCGCUGUCACGAUUGGAAUGUACUGCGUCGCCAAUGUCACUCCGUACGAAUGGAAUCUCAACUUCUCGUGUUGUACAGCACACGAACCUCAUCCGGCGGCUGCGUUCGCCACCGGAAAAGACGAACCAAUAACGAUGUCGAACAACUACAGCUUCUGGAACACAGUGUGGUAUGUUUUGAGCACAAUGCUCAAAGGUGGAUGCGACUUCGGACCAAGAGCGGUCUCGACGCGACUAUUAGGAGGCACGUGGUGGGUGUUCUAUCUCGUCAUAAUCUCGGCGUAUACUGCAAAUCUGGCCGCUGUUUUGACGGUUUCGAGACCGUAUAUUCCGAUUAAAAAUUUGGAUGAUUUGGCGAAUCAGAGUGUUAUUUCAUAUGGAACGAUUAAAGGCGGAAGUACAAUGCAGUUCUUUCAGGAAUCUCGCAUUGCCUCGCAUGUGAAAAUGUGGGAAAACAUGAAAGAUCGCGAUGUUUUUGUGACAAGCAAUGGUAAAGGAGUCGAGCGAGCCCUCAAAUCCAAUUAUGCUUAUCUCAUGGAGUCGACUUCUUUGGAAUAUGAAGUUCAGCAAAAUUGCAAUUUGACACAGAUUGGUGGAGUUUUGGGCUCGAAAGGCUAUGGAAUUGCAUUGGCAAAAAAAUCUGAAUGGACAGAUCGAAUUUCGCGACAAAUUCUUCUUUACGCCAAACGAGGAAUUAUUGAGAUGAAAAAGACAAAAUGGUGGAGAAGCAAAGGUGCAACAUGUGCGAGUACAGCUUCUUCUGUGAAGCAUGACCGAUUUGCACUCAAUAUGCACAAUGUGGCUGGUCUUUUUAUAACGCUAGGCGUCGGUAUCUUUCUAGCGGUUAUUGUUGUGAUUUUCGAACUCAUCGUUCGUUGUCAUCAUAUCUCCAAAAAGGAGGGCAAGCCGUUUUUCGAAGAGCUUUUGUAUGAACUUCGAUUUGCUCUCAAUCUGAACAGCCUGUCAGAUCAUAGAUCGCGACAGAAGAUUUCCGCGUGUGCCGUUUCCAGCAGCAACAACAACAAUAAUGUGAAUGGAAAAUUGGUGGCUGAGAAUGGAGAACAUGAGAUUAAUCGGGCUGUUUCGAAAACGACAUUGUAA